AUGCCAACUCCACCCUUCUACAACAGCCCAGUCGGCGUCGGGGCCCAUACCGCACCUCUGCGAGCGCACCAGACCGCCCCUCCUCCCACCCGCUCCGCCUCCUCCUCCCCCUCCUCCUUCCCGCUCCCGCGCCUCCUCUUCCUCGUCAUCGGCGCCUUCAUCGCCUCCUCCUUCUUCCCUCUACCGCCCCUCGACUCCCCCCGCCCCUCCUCCUUCCACCGCGCGCACCUCCGCCUCCUCGCCGGCCGUCGCCUCGGGCCUCCGUCUCCCCACGCGCCCCGCCGCUCCGCCGCGCUCCCGUCGGUGGUCGACGAGGCCAGGGCUCCGGGUUGGCUGCGUCACCGGCUGGGCGGGUUCCCGUCGGGUCCCACCUCGUCGACCGUCGCUGGUGGAGAGGGCGGGACACGCGUCCAUCGUCAUCGGACCAACUUUUUCACGGGGAGGAAGCAGAACGUGGCGCACCACCUGGGGAACCCGAGGUUCGAGCUGAUCCGGCACGACGUGGUGGAGCCCAUCUUGUUGGAGGUGGAUCAGAUUUACCACCUCGCGUGCCCCGCGUCGCCGGUGCACUACAAGUUCAAUCCCAUCAAGACCAUCAAGACAAAUGUGAUGGGGACAUUGAACAUGUUGGGAUUGGCCAAGAGGGUUGGAGCUAGAUUUCUAAUAACAAGUACCAGUGAAGUCUAUGGAGACCCACUUGAGCACCCUCAGAAAGAAACUUACUGGGGAAAUGUCAAUCCCAUAGGGGAGAGGAGUUGUUAUGAUGAAGGUAAGAGGACCGCUGAGACUUUGACUAUGGAUUACCACAGAGGUGCAGGGCUUGAGGUGCGCAUUGCGCGUAUUUUCAAUACAUAUGGGCCUCGGAUGUGCAUAGAUGAUGGGAGGGUUGUUAGUAAUUUUGUUGCUCAGGCUCUACGUAGACAACCAAUGACUGUUUAUGGAGAUGGAAAGCAGACUCGAAGUUUCCAAUAUGUUUCUGAUCUGGUUGCAGGAUUAAUGGCACUAAUGGAAGGUGAUCAUGUUGGACCUUUUAACUUAGGAAACCCUGGGGAGUUCACCAUGCUGGAGCUUGCUGAGGUUGUGAAAGAAACAAUUGAUCCAACUGCAACUAUUGAAUUUAAACCAAAUACUGCAGAUGACCCUCAUAUGCGAAAGCCAGAUAUUAGCAAGGCAAAGGAGUUGCUGAACUGGGAACCAAAGGUUUCUUUGAGGGAAGGACUUCCUCUUAUGGUAACUGACUUCCGCAAAAGACUCAAUGAGGAGAGCUAAAAGUGGAAUGUUUUAAGAUUUUGUAGCUUGUAUCAUAUGGUUAAGUAAAAAAGACAUGUGAGUGUGUUUUUCUUCAUUGAACUCAUUCAUGUUUCGAUUAAUUCAUCUCAUGAUCAAUUUUGAUUCGUAAUGAACCAAACUAGCAAGAUAAAACUUUUGUUUA